AGCAGACCCAGCAAGCAGAAUACGCCACUGCUCUUCAAAGUUUGGCAUUGGAGAGAUCACGCUGCAUCCAUUCGACUCUGAAUAAGAAGAAAAGAAAAGGACAGAAAAUUUUCUGCCUUGGAAGAGUUGGGUCAGUGACACAAUGUCCUCGAAGGGGGGAACUCUUUCACCCCUGAAUGCCACCACCCCGUCCGCUGACACCUCAUGCGGGGAGGACUCUGAGUUCAGAUACCUCCUUUUCACCAUCUUCUACAGCUUCAUCUUCAUUCUGGGCUUCAUUGCCAAUUGCUAUGUGCUGUGGAUUUUCUGCCACGUUUAUGCUUGGAGGAAACUAAACGAAAUCAAGAUCUUUAUGGUGAACCUGAUAGUGGCUGACCUGCUGUUCCUAAUCACACUGCCCCUGUGGAUACUUUACUAUCACCACAAUGGAAACUGGAUUAUGCCUACAUUCCUGUGUAACGUGGCCGGCUACUUGUUCUUUGUUAACACCUACUGCUCCAUCGCCUUUUUGACAGUCAUCACAUACAACCGAUUCCAGGCAGUGACCAAGCCCAUCACAGCCGCUCAGUUCCCCACCCGGAGAAGGGGUAUCUUCCUCUCCGCAGCUAUCUGGGUGGUGAUAAUGAGCAGUGCUUUGUACUACCUCACUAGGGAUGGAAUUAAUGAAAUUAACCAUGGCACCAUCAAGCGGUGUUUUGAGGGCUAUAACACCUCUACCUCUGACAGCAAUGUGCCCAUCCUCGCCAGCCACGUUGUCAUAUUCAUUAUUUUUGUCUUCAUUUUCCUGUUUAUACUGGUGUGUAACUUGUUCAUUAUCAAGACACUAUUGACCAAGUCAGUGCAGCUGCAGAAGAGCACCCAUGUCAAGCAGAGGGCAUUCAGGAUGGUGUGCACUGUCCUGGCUGUAUUCAUCAUAUGCUUUGUACCUCACCAUCUUGUUGGACUCCCCUGGACCCUGACGGUCCUAGAGCUGUGGCAGAAGGAAAACUGUCCCUUGCGCCAGCAGCUCAAUGAUGCCCAUCAGGUGACGCUAUGCCUCCUGAGCACCAACUGCAUGCUGGACCCUGUCAUCUACUGCUUCCUCACCAAGAAGUUCAGGAAGCACCUUUCAGAGAAUCUUAAAAGCAUGAAAGGGAGUCGCAAGUGUUCCAGGCAAACCACUGAAACAGUGAUCGAGGGCACAGUGCCCGUCAAUGACCUCCCCACCACCCCCAUGAGAAAUGAAUAUAACCCUAUCUCCUACUGAGCAGGGCUGGGCCACUUGUGUCAUCAGCUUCCUCCCACUAAGCCAGGCCGGAGAGGGACACAUCAGUGGGCCAGAUCUCUGCAUUUCCAUCAGGAAGAGGAAUUAUGAGCAUUCAAUCCCUGUAUCCACAAAUGCAACUAGAGGAAUAGGGAGCCAGCAGGGGCUGCAAAGGGGCAACUUCUGACACAUACUGAUGCUUCAUGGGACACUAAUCACAGCUCAGUUUGUUUUAUUUUCUGUAAAGAAAAAUGCCAUUGACCUUGUACAAGUCUUUCUCCCCCCUCCUAUCUCCUUGUGUGAUCUGUCAGCACUUUAACAUGGGAAGGCAAGGGAAUUGCCAUGAGGCGAGCUCACCCUUAUGAAUGACAGAGAUUCUAUGGGAUCUGAUCCAAGUAACCAGCCUGGAGAGAAGGGGGGUCUGUGAAAGUCGAUGAGUAUUGGUGAUGUGCUGGAAACCUCAGCCAUAGCUCCCCCAAUCCCUGGGAUCCCUAUGUAUAGAUUUUAAGGCCACCAGGGACCAUUAUCUAGUCUGACCUCCUGCAUAUCACCGGCUAGAGAAUGUCACCUAUUCCUAGACCCACCCAGCCCAAUAACUUCUGGUUGAGCUAGCACAUAUCUUUCAGAGAGACCGAAUAUCAACUGAAAACCUCCAAGUGACAGAGGAUGAUUGCCAGCAUAGGAGUUAAGAUAGCAAAUGAAUUUAAUGCUUCUUCAUCAUAGCUUUUAUUUAUUAUAGAUGGGAUUAUAAAGAGGGAGUGGCUAUUGUCCCUAAGCUUGUGCUGCUGGAAACAAAGAAAUGUAGCUGGUUGCUUAUUUGAAGACUGUUUUCUGGUAUUUUAUCAUUAAUAAACUAACAGCUUGUGGCCACACCCCAGGGCACUCUCCAAACCACUCAACUGCUGCUGUGGUGUUAAGUCCAGUGCAAAAAUGUCAAGGGUUUUAAGCUCAGGCAUUCAGUCCAGGGUAAAAUGGACCCUGCUCCAAACAGUGCUGGCGGCAGACAAUUUGGGCCCACAGAAAGCUCGCUAUCCUGAGGGUGCCAGGCUUGGUUACAGAGCAGAAGACACUCAAGGCUCCUUGUCUAACCCUGAGUUGCUCAAUACUAAACUUCCUUCAAGCACAGGAAGUAGAACAGGGUGGGGAACUCGGUUUGGUUCUUACAUGAGGUUUUGGUUCCUCAACUCUUCUAGAAAAAUUUCCCAGCUGGUGAUAGGAAAAACUCAUCUGCCACAUUGACACUGGAAAAGGUUAUUUAUACCAGUUAGCAGCAGCCUGGUGAUACCAGCCAGAGAACUGCUAGGAGUGUUUGUGUGGCAAACUCCAAACCUCUCCAAUCAUCCGACCAACAAUGGUAUUAUAUUAUGCCCAUAUUUCACUGAGAGGAUUCCCAGCUCUUCGAUCCUCAGUCAUCACUGGUGGACCACUGAAACUUUGAUAUCUGUGAAUGGGCAAAAAGUUUAGACUUUUCCUUUCUACUAUGUACCUCACAGUGGUCACCCAUGCAUUCAGAUGCUACAGUGCAGGACAUGGUUAAGAACCCGAUCAGAACUGCAUGUACCUUUGCCUCCUCUGGGCAAGACUACUGCAAUGAUCUCUGCUUAGGGCUGCCCAUGAAGACUACACAGGGGCUUCUUCUAGUGCAGAUAUGGCAUUCACUUGGUUAUUAGAGCAAACUAUUCUGAGUGCCUAACACUCAUGCUCAAACCUUUGCCCUGGAUCCCUGUUCAUUUGGAAUGCAAUCCAAGGUAAUGGCAAUGAUCUUCAAAACUCUUAGUGGGCUUACUUGCUGGAGGCACCGCCUCUCACAUUUAUGCCCCACUGUGACAGUUAUUGGAGGAUGUGGUGGCACUCCCCAGGCAUGGUAGCAGAAUUUUCUGGUUUUGGAGAACUCUCCCAUUGGCGGGCCUCCAUUACUUGAGUUUUGCAAAUUUCAGAGAACAAUGAAAGGGGGUGGUGUUUGCUGCAGAGUUUAAGUGUGUUGAUUUUGUACUGUGUGUUCCUAGAAAUCUUGCAAUAGAGACUAGUUUAUGCUACACAUUGUGGAUAACUUUGUACAAGUAUGUUUUGCUCCACUGUGCUUAGCUGCUAUGGCAAUAAGUGCUUCGCUACUAGAUGUUUGCAUUUAUUAUCAAAGGGCAAAGACAAAAAUAUUUGCACAGGACAGACAAUGCACUCCAGUUGGAAUUUUUUUUAAACUUAACCAAAUCAUUUAAAAUAUAUCUGUUUAAAAAUUUUGCUGAGAUUUUUCACUUCUGCUUCUGAGAUGAUCAUUUCAAUUUUAGAGGAGGAACAGGAUUAUACAAAUUGGAAAUUGUAAACUGCAUGCAGGACAAGGAUGUCCUGGCCUGACUUAGCAAAAUGGAUCCUCCAGGAGAGUCUUAAAUAAAUGUAAAACUCUGCCCACUUGUGCGCAAUCCUCUGAUAUUUUUUCUACAUUCACCAAUAAAUGGG